GGUGGAUAAUGGUUAAGAUGUCCUUUGGAUUCUCCCUCUGCCUCGUGCAGGUCGUUCUUCCAAAAAACGUGCAAUCUCAUGUGCCUCUCGCUUCGCGGGGUGCACGUCUGGAGCACCCAAAGACUGGGCGUUGGGUAGUUUGUCCUGCUCGUCUGCCGCGCUGUUCUGCCGCGUCGUUCUGUCCGCCCCGGGGCGCUGCCAGCGCCACACUGGGGGAUGCGCUCGCUCCCCCCGCUUCCCGUUGCAGCGCUGGGGACGAGCGCGCGAAUGUCCAUGAGGGCAACGAGCAUUCACCGCAUGUCAGCACAAGGCAACGCCAAGUUCAAAUUCCGAUGAGGGCGCCGGGGAGGAGCAGACAUCCGCAGCAGACACUUUUUCACCAUCGCCAUGACUGGCCACGAGGCUUAAGAUGGCCCUGGCCAGGCACGGCGGAGGUGGUGGUGGUGGUGUUUCGUGGCCCUUCUUGCGUGAGGCAUCUCCCACAUCCGUGCUCGAGAGGGCAGCGUAUUUAUACAAGCGCGUUGUGCAUGUUUCUGGUAACGGUUUUCAUGUAUGGUGCUUGGCCUUGGAGGUUUGCUUCCAAUAAUUGGGUAGAGCUGAUGUGCAAGACCGUACUGAUAAUCCUCUUGAUGCUCACAACCUCUUUCGUAGACGUGGAGAGCGUCCCAGCGUCGGAACGUGAGAGAAUGAAUGAAAUUUGGGCGCAUUUAAUAAUUACAGCACUAGCGAGUACUUUCGUAUUUGCUUGUGUGUUCUUAUUCAGAGACAUAUUAUCGUCACUGCAGCGUGUCCGCUUUAAGGAGGUCAGAGCAGCACGAGCGAUGUGGCAUCUUCGUGAUCUGUCACUGGCGUUGCUGAUAAUGCCAGAGAAAGACUAUGCUGGGAGGCUGGCCGGUAUUGGUGACAGCGACCUCGCCCUGCUUAUUGAGGCGGGCAAGAAUAUCAAGAAUGUGAUGUUUGGUCAGCAGGAGAGUUCGCGUUGGAUGCAGCAGCGGUUGAUUGCCGGAAAGGAUCAUGAGGUGUGGGAUCACGGCCAGAGAGUGCUCCAAAUUUUCCGGGAGUCAAGGUCGGGCCACUUGCAAGAGAGAUUGGAGCAGGGCAUUCGGUUUCGCAUGCGUAUGCUGGAAUUGGCCAGGGCAAUCUCGAAAUCAGGCUCGAACUCGCCAUCGAUUCGAAUUUCGGCGAAUUCUUCACCGAUUCUGAGCACACUGCGCAGCACCAUUGGCAGACAGCAUGACGCAAUCCGCGACAUCAUGAGGCCCACGCUCGUGCAGGCCGAAACGGGGCCCUCGCCGGGCGGCUGGACAGGCUGGCUUCUCGGGAAGGCGAGGGGCAAGAUCCGCGCACACCCAGAGCUGACACCAGACGAUUUCAGGAGGAAGAUCGCAAGGCUCCCGGAGCUGAACAUGACCGAGGACCCGACGACGAGGUCGACUUUCUCUUCGGCGUCCUGGACAGCGACAGGUCGGGCACCGUGACGUACCAGGAGCUGACCGAUCUGCUUGCCGCCCUGGCGCCCGAGAAGAUACUCUUGGCAAUGGAGCGCGAGGAGAGAGGCGGCGAUGUGCUUGCCCCUGGCGAGUUCGUGGAGGCGGUGGGCACAGAGAACAGGGAGGGCAACGAAGAGAAGCUGGAGGCGCCCUCAGAAUGUGAGCUUGGCGGCACGGCGGAGCACCUUGUGAGUCUGUAGCUCGAGCAUUCUUGAGCUGAUCUACGCUCCGGCCAUUCCUGCAUGGAGUCGUAUAUGAUGUAAGCGGCGCAGGGCUUAGCUCCUUUCCGCGAGAAGGCCUUUCGCCACAAGUGCGACCCCAUCUCAAGUGGCCGACCGUGCAAAAGCAUGUUGCCAGCCUUGCGGGUGGGUGGCUUCGCAGCUUCAUUUGAAGUUGCAAUCAAGGUGAUUUCCCAUCAUGUGGACUGAUGUUUUUAGUCGGAGAUUUUUUUUAUGCUUCUCCUUUCUCUGCGACAGAUUUGUCACCAGUCGACUGCGAAAUGCAGCUUUUGUUUCGCUGUAGCUCAAGUGUGUUUAGCCGCUUGUCUCACCUCAGCUGCUUUCACACCGAAACGUCAUUUACUUUGUCAGUUUUUUAGAGACGGCUUUUCGCAGCAAGUGCGCGACGUCCCGUGUGGCAGACCGUGCCAAAACAUGUUGCCAGCCAUGCAGGUGGGUGGAUUCGCAGUUUUAUUUGAAGCUACAGUCAAGGCGCUUUCCCACAAUGUGAUUCGAUGGCUGCGAUGCGAGGCCUUUCCUGAUGCUUCUCCCUUCUCUUCGACAAACUUAUCACCUGCCGACUGAAGAGCAGGUGCUGCUGCGCUUUUGGUGCAACUGGCUUUUGCUGCUUGUCAAGUUAUAUUUGCUUUUACCGAAUCGCAAUUGACUUGUUCACUUUCCUCGAGAAGGCUUGUCCCGACAAGUGCCUCGCCG